CCAGUGAGCGAGCAGAGACACGGAUCGUGUCUUCGAACCGUACUGCGUCCAUUUUAAUCAUUUUUACUCUUAAACUCCCGAAUCAGGCAGAAAAGACGACUCGAGCCGAAUAACACACAAAAUGGACCCAAUGGCAAGUAACGUGACCAACAAGACGGACCCGCGAUCUCUCAACUCGCGCGUCUUUAUCGGCAACCUGAACACCAUGCUGGUGACCAAGGCUGACGUGGAGGCCAUCUUCAGCAAGUACGGCAAGAUCGUCGGCUGUUCGGUGCACAAGGGCUACGCCUUCGUACAGUACUCCAACGAGCGGAACGCGCGCACCGCUGUGGUCGGGGAGGACGGCCGAAUGGUUGUGGGACAAGUUCUGGACAUUAACCUGGCUGGUGAACCCAAGCCUCCGAGAUCAAAGACAAUCAAGCGGUCAGCAGGAGAUAUGUACAGUCCUACGUUUGAUCUAGACUAUGACUUUCAGAGAGAUUACUAUGACAGGGUAUAUUCUUACCCCUCCCGGGUGCCCCCUCCUCCUCCUCCUCCACUCUCAAGACCGGUAAUUCCGUCCAAAAGGCCUCGGGUCAGCGUGAGCGGAAGCCGCCGUACCAAGAGCAGCUUUUCCACCAAGAGCAGCCAGCGCGCCUCCCGCACCAUGAGAGUCGAUGACCUGCAGACCAUCAAGAAGGAGCUGACUCAAAUCAAACACAAAGUAGACUACCUGCUGGAGAGCCUGGAGCGAAUGGAACGAGAACGCAGCAAGAAAUCGGAGGGGAAGACUGUUAAAGUAGAUGAUGCGUCUCCCCAGCAUUCCAGUGUGAAAAAGGACAGAGAGAACUCUGAAAUCAAUGACUACGAUGAAGAGGGUGAUCUGGAAGAAGAGGAGGUCAAGAGCCAGGAGAGAGAGGACGAUGAAGAAGAGGAGGAAGAGCAGGAGGAAGGAGAGGAUGACGGAGACAGUACUAACGGAGACCACUCUUAAACAGUCUCUCUCUCUCUGUAACACACAAACACAGACUUUACACUAAAUGAUGUGGGAGUCCACAGUGAAUUCACAGCAUGCCAACACAAUUCGACUCAGAUCCUACAUGAACAUACUGAGAAAAAUCUGAGAAAUCAAAUCCUGUUGACAGCUUUUACCAGACUGUUCGUGAUGAUUCCUGAUUUUACACUCCUCCCAGCAUUCCAUUCUCUAUUUACUGCUCCCCUUAGCUAGCGGCCGUUAUUCAUUCAAUGUGGCAGUAUCAUUUUUGACCAGAUAGUGGCAGGAUCGUUCACAAUUACAGUCGUCACGCUCAACGGGAUUUGAUUCUGAACUAAGAUAGAGGCCCCGAAUCACCUAUUUAAAAGUAACUAAUGAUUUAGCUUGUACAGUAUAUAUUUUAAUUUGUUCUGUCUUGGUUUGUCAUUGUGAUUAUAGUAACGUGAAGCUUCGUUAAUGUUCGCUGUUCGAUUCUUUGCUCGUUUUCCUUUUGAUGUGCGGAAUAAAUUUCAAUAAAAUGAAA